UCAGUACCUAAAUAUUGAUUUUCUUUUACAGGUAAUCCUCGAAACAAAGUCGCACUCCAACCUGGCCACUCGCUCAUGGACUGGAUUCGUCUAGGUACUUCAGGAAAAGAUCUUACAGGCCUAGGAAGCAAAGCUGGAACUUUAUCGGUCACACAUAAAGAACUGGCAAAACACAACACAAAAGACGACGCCUGGUUGGCAAUACGAGGCAAAGUCUACAACGUCACUCAAUAUUUUCCCUUCCAUCCCGGAGGCGAAGAGGAGCUGAUAAAGGGGGCAGGAAUAGACGCUACCAAAUUAUUCGAACAGAUCCACGCUUGGGUCAAUUACGAACAAAUACUGCAAAAGUGUUUGGUCGGAAAACUAGUCAACGUUGAUCCGAGUAUAGACACUGAAGCCUUGUUUUUUGGAGAAAAAGUUUCGAAUUCAUCAACUGCUAGUGUCAAUAGACUUGAAGCACAUUCAUCAAAUACAAUGGGUCCACCAAGACCAGUUAACGAACCAACACCAGGCUCAUUACCACGUUUCGAUUGGAUUCAGACAUCAUCAUAUAUCACAAUAGUUUUUUAUACAAAAUCAUUUUCAAAUCCUCUAGUUGAAUUCAAGUGCCCUCUAGACGAACAAACUUUUAUAUUAUCGUUAACUUAUGACGACUAUAUUUUCAAAAACGAAGUUUUCUUCUACGAUAAAGUAAAAUGGCCUUGCGAUAUACACGUGUCAGUUGAAACUGGAAAAGUGCAAUUGAAAUUUGAUAAAUUAUCAUUUGGUGUCUGGGAGAAUUAUGGCCUGCUCAAGCAAACAUCAACAUCAAUAAAUGAACAAUCCUCUGGUCAAACUAAAAACGAAUAUAUUUUGAAGAAAAAAGUCCAAGUUAGUCAUGACACAUGGUUGAUGAAAUUUGAUCGAUUAGAUGGAAAAAAGAUAAUAGUCCCUGUUGGAAAACACUUGAGAGUAUUUGGACCUAUAAUUGAGGGUCAGGAAAUUUCUCAACCGUACACUGCGGUGCCCGAGAGUCUAUUUGGAAAUUUCGUACCGCACAGUGAGACCAAUAUUUGUUUGAUGGUGAAGCGAUAUCCUGAAGGAACUGUUAGUCGAUUUAUUACAGAUAAAACAUUGAAUGACAAGGUCCAGUUUAGUAAACCUUUGGGUCAUUAUAAUCUAAAAGUUCUCGACAAUCGUGACACCUUUUUAAUGCUGGCAGCAGGUACUGGAAUCAGUCCAAUGUUGAGCAUGCUUAUGUUUUUACUGGAGAGGCGAAUUAAAAAAAGUGUAUUUGUAAGACUAUUAUUUUUUAAUAAAUCAGAGCAGGAUAUUUUAGUUAGAGCCCAAUUAGAGGAGCUUAGUGAACGGGAUAAUAGAUUUAAAGUAAAUUACAUUUUAUCACAAGCAGAAGACUCUUGGGAAGGUCUUCGAGGACAUGUAACAUCGGAUUUAAUUGAAACUUCAUUGCAAGAACACAUGCAAGACACUGGAUAUACGAUAAAUGAUAUUUAUAGUUUCGUUUGCGGUCCACCAAAAUUCAAUGAAGCCUGCCUACAAGAACAGAACAAGGUUAAAAUUCGCGAAGACCAAAUCCAUGUUUUUGAUGGAUAG